AGUGUAAGAAUGCAUUCACUGGCAUGCCAAAAGUGCGAGUAUCCUUUGUAUCAGGGACGCUUCGUACAAUUGUAUUAACAUUACCUAUUGUGUUGUCAAAGUUUAAUGAGCCUAUUCAAUUGAAUGGAACAGAGUUCUUUGCGAGAUGGAAACAAAUUGGUGCUGGCCCCCGAGAAAAACAAGUCGUUUUUCAUUCAAAUGUUCCAAUAAAUCUUUCAGGAGUGCGAACUUUAAUUUUAGGUUUUAAAUUUGAGGUAUUAGAAGAAGUAGAUCCAAAUCCUGUAAACCUUGUUGGUGCUAGCGUUUUACAUACAUCUGGAGGUGGAAUGUUUGGUUGUCUUAUGAGAUUAGAACCUAAUAUUGAAGCUCAGAUGUAUCGAUUGACUGUCCGUACAACGAAUGAAGUUGUAACUAAUGAAAUUUGUACACUACUUGAACCACUAUUGGCGAAU